AUGGAAGUCGCUGUGCUUGCGAAUUCGAAGGUCUACACUUGUCUACAAAUUCAAUUUGAUCGUAUCUUUACUCCUUCUGAUGAAAAUACGUCGCGGGUUUGGAAUGUUGAUAACGCUCAACUGGCUUUCACUCUAACUGGCCAGAGCAAGUACAUUGUUAGUCUCUCGGCUGGUCGAACGGUGCACGUUUGGUGUGGUCAAACCGGGGUACAGCGCCAUGUUCUACGGGGACAUACGGGUUUCAUUGAAUGCAUCAGUGGCUUCCUAGUGAAUUCAGGCACCACUUUUUCAUUCGAUACGGCAACGAUGUCACAGCAAGGACAACUUGAUGACCCAUUUUUGCGAAUUCGCGACUCCAAAGGCAAGAAAAUUCGGCUCUUCACCUUUCAAACGCACGCGGUUCGUGUGAUUCAUUUGACCAACACUGGUCCGUGGAAGCUGCGCGUUCAAGUGAAUGGACCAUAUCGCAAGAUGAGCGGAAAUCCAGCACGGACAUGGAUCAUCAGCCCUAACACCAUCCAUCUCAAACGUGGCGAGAAAAAAAAAAUAAGAAUUUUUUUCGACAAACGCCGCCCGGGCAAGUAUUUCAUCAGCUUUGAUCGCCACGCCGUCGUUGGUCGUGCAACGACUCAACACGUUACCUGCAUGAACAUCAAGAAGAAGAGACUGCACAUGCAAGCAUUGGAGAGAAAGAGAAAGCUCAAGGAAGUUGCAUCAAUCAAAACUGGAACAUUUCAUCGAAAAGUUGCAAAUAAGCUCCAAGUAGUCGAAGGCCAAGAAACAUCACAUCGAAGACACAGUGGCUGUGUCUCCAGAUGGAAAAUAAAAACUUGGGAUGCAUCAUCGUUAAAGUUCUUGCAAGAUUUGAAAGGACAUCUACAGCCAAUAACUUCCUUAUGCUUUCGUCUUAAAUCGACACAACUUUUUUCAUCAAGCAAAGACCGAAUGGUCAAGCUUUGGGAUUUGAAACAGAUGGGCUUGCUCGACACAAUGUUUGGUCACCAGGAUGCGGUACUGUCAAUUGACUGCUUGAACAAAGAACGUGUCCUAAGUUGCGGAGGUCAGGAUCGAUCAGCUAGAUUGUGGAAGGUCGAUACGGAAAGCCAGCAAGAUCGCAAUAACAAACAGGAACCUUUUUGGAUUGUGUCUGUUGCGGCUCUACCAUUUACCGAUCUAGUGACAUCCGGCUCAAAUAAUGGCGAAUUACGUUUC